AUGCUAUAUCUGUUGCUAUUUAUAACCAUCCUCACUGUGACUACGAGAGCAGCUGAUGAUGAUAAUCACUUCACGAAUCCUUCCUCUUGGACAGGUAUCAAUCCGGAAUGGAAGUUAGGGGAAGAGCAGGUCAUUGCCUGGGAGACGACCCUAGAAGUGUUUAACAUCUCCUUCUGGCAGCAGAGUCUCUUUCAACAGACGGCAGCAAGUCAAGGAAACGUUUAUUCAAAAAUCCACGCCAGCGACAAGGUCACAAACUUCAGCUGGGUUGUCCAGCUCUAUGGCUUUGACUUGGACUACUCCAACGUUUUCUUUUUCUGGAUUAACUCUGAUACUCCGGAAGGAUUCACCUCCGCGUAUUUUAACAUCACCGAGCCGGAUCCUCCCUCGACAGGCACCGACAACGCCACUCUCUCGACGGCAUCCUCUAACGCCACCUCAACAACCUCGUCGAAUACAAGCCCAGUGAUCACGGACCCUUCAAUCUCCUCCCUACCUCAGGCCGCCGACGAGAGGGAGCCCGGACUGACAACAACUGCCAAAGUUGCACUCGGUGUAGGGUUGGGUGUCGGCCUUCCGAUCCUAGGCGCCUUAGCAGUACUCAUCUGGCAAAGAUCACAAUCGAUUGACGGUACCCUAAAAGGCGAUAAUGGCUUCCGCCAACCAGGGGUAGCUGAGCUGUUGGGGGGAAUACUUUACAAGUGUCAGCUUAGGGUGGAAUUCUGGUCAAAAACAUUGAUCUACUCUCAGUGGGACGGAUUCGCACUUGACCAGAUCAAGUUCUCACAAUGGCCGUCGCCAUUGUCCCGCAAGAAAGGCGUGACUCUCCUCGACGCGACAGCCAACGCGGCCUUUGAUGUCUAUACAAUUGUAGACAAUCCAGAGAGCGUGCCGAUGGCUAAACCCCAGUGUUUCUGGAAAAGUGCCGCACUGACAAGCGUUGCGCACUUGUUUGCAUAA